AUGUCGAUAUACAGAGUAAGUGGUACUCUCUUGAAAGUACAAUGUCCCAGACUGCUGGCUCAGUCUUCAAGGAUUUUCUCCUCGUACCACAAGGAAUAUUCCACUGUAGUGAAUCCACCACCGAAUGAGGAAACAGGGGACUCUGUCAACACGGAUAUGGAGUUCCAACAAUCGAAUAACAAUUCGUUGGCUGCCCAAAAGAAGAUGAAUGAUGAAAUUCUAGAACGGUUCAAGUCAUUGGCGCAAUUUCCUCUUGAAGAAUACGAAACGUUAAAGGGAGAAGAACAGGGAAGAUCAUUGACUCAGAAGGAAAAGCAACUGGACGAGGAACUUACCGAGUUUUUGAGACAAUAUUCGCAAUCUAAUUUAACAGUGGUAGAUGCUGCUUCCACCACUGCUAAUGCAACUUCAAUCGGUUCUUCAUCUACUGAUUUCGAUAAUACCACGAAGUAUCCUUACUUAAUCCCCUCUGCCACCGACAAGCCAUAUACGAAACAAGAGUUAUAUUUGCGUCAAAUGCAACAUUCAUCCCGUAUGGGGAAGUUGGGAGCUGAAAUUAAAGGUAUAUACAAGCCUCAUCUGGACGUUACUUCUCCCCUAUCUGUGGACAAGUUGACUAUUAACAAAUUGAUGGCUGCUGGUGUCCAUAUGGGACAUUCUACUACCUUAUGGAGAUCGAGUACCCAGCCAUUCAUAUACGGUGAAUACAAGGGAAUCCAUAUCAUUGAUUUGAAUAAGACAUUAUCGUAUUUGAAGAGGGCCUGUGCUGUCAUUGAAGGUAUUGUAGAGAGAGGUGGCCUCGUUUUGUUUCUUGGGACUGGUGAGGGACAAAAGAGAGGGUUGGAGGAAGCUGCAAGGAGAACGCAUGGUUAUUAUGUGUUUAAUAGAUGGAUCCCUGGUAGUUUGACCAACUCCACUGAAAUUUCUCGUAAUUUAGAGAAACAUGAAAUUGACGAGUUAGACCAACCUACCAAUAGAGAAUUGAAUUCUGAGGAGAGCAAGAUUGUCAGUAAACCUGAUCUACUGGUGAUAUUGAACCCUACGGAGAAUAGAAACGCCAUACAUGAGGCUAUGAAAUCAAGGGUACCCACCAUCGGGAUCAUCGACACUGAUUCUGAGCCCUCGUUAGUCACCUACCCAAUACCGGGGAAUGACAAUACACUACGUUCAGUCAAUCUGCUGUUGGGAGUACUAGCACGUGCGGGGGAGAGAGGACUUCAGAACAGAGUGAAAAGAGCAACAAAGCCAACGCCCACUGCAACUGCAACUACCACAACAACAGACACCCCUGUAUAG